UCCGAAAAGACAGGGCAAAUUGACCAGUAAACCCCAACAACUAUUGUAUAUUUGAAGAAGACGUGCGAGGAGGAGGAGGUGGAGAAGACCUGCUGCAGCUGCUCACUUACGUUUCAAAUUCUCUAAUAAUUCAUACCCCUUUCCCAUUCUUCAAUCAAUCUUUCAAAACCCCUAUAACUCACCCGUCCCAGAUCUUGUCUGCUUUCUUUUCAUACAUAAAUAAAUGCUCGCUUUUUCAGCUGUACUUACAUUGUUCACAGAGGAGGACUUUUUCAACAAAUGCUAAACUUUAGCAGAUCAAGAACUCAAUCCAGGCCAAACCGAUCUCAUCCUCUGGGAGAAAGCACAAGUCUGGUUGCUUCUGACUUGAUAAGGGAGGCGCAGCAAUGCGUACAGAAGGUGCACAAAAAGGCAGCUUGAUGCCCUCCUCUAGCAUGGAGUUCGCAGACCCGAAAAAGAAGAAUGGUGCAGUCGGAAAGAUUCUUUUGGCUGCAGGACUUACUGCUCUAUGCAUUGUAAUUCUUAAACAAUCCCCAAGUUUCAACAGCCCUAGCCCAUUUUCUCGUCAUGAAGAGGGUGUUACCCACGUGUUAGUUACUGGAGGUGCUGGAUAUAUCGGUUCUCAUGCAGCACUACGCCUUCUAAAAGACUCUCACCGUGUGACUAUCGUGGAUAAUCUCUCUCGUGGAAACCUAGGUGCAGUCAAAGUUCUUCAAGACCUGUUCCCGGAACCUGGGAGACUUCAAUUUAUUUAUGCCGAUUUGGGUGAUCCAAAAGCUAUGCACAGAAUUUUUUCUGAAAAUGCAUUUGAUGCAGUGAUGCAUUUUGCUGCAGUUGCAUAUGUUGGGGAGAGCACCCUUGAUCCCCUAAAGUAUUAUCACAAUAUCACAUCAAAUACACUGGGUAUAAUGGAGGCAAUGGCAGCACACAAUGUAAAUACACUUAUAUACUCUAGUACGUGCGCAACAUAUGGGGAGCCCGAGAAGAUGCCCAUUACUGAAGAAACUCCUCAGAUUCCUAUCAAUCCAUAUGGAAAAGCCAAGAAGAUGGCAGAAGAUAUUAUUUUGGAUUUUCAUAAAAACUCAGACAUGGCAGUCAUGAUUCUAAGAUACUUCAACGUGAUUGGUUCAGAUCCAGAGGGACGGUUGGGGGAAGCACCAAGGCCGGAACUACGUGAACACGGAAGAAUAUCGGGAGCAUGCUUCGAUGCUGCCCGUGGAAUCACCAAUGGGCUCAAGGUGCGGGGAACUGACUAUAAAACCCCAGAUGGAACUUGCAUUCGUGACUACAUUGAUGUCACUGAUCUGGUAGAUGCUCAUGUUAAAGCACUUAACAAAGCAAAACCUGGGCAUGUUGGAAUCUACAAUGUUGGUACUGGAAGAGGUAGAUCAGUUAAAGAAUUUGUGGAAGCUUGUAAAAAGGCAACGGGUGCAUCAAUCAAAGUAGAAUACCUCCCACGGCGCCCUGGUGACUACGCUGAAGUGUUCAGUGACCCAUCUAAGAUAUUGCGAGAGCUUAAUUGGUCAGCGCAACACACAGAUCUAGAAAAGAGUUUGCAGGUUGCGUGGAGAUGGCAAAAGUCGCAUCACAACGGCUAUGGUUCCUCCUCAACCGCUUCCAUCUAAGAUUCAUAUGAUUUGGGAAAUAGGUGUAUGUAAUUUUUAAACAUCAAUCCACAUUAUUUGGAUAAAUAAGGUAGGUUUCUUACAUAUAUUGUAUGCAAGUGACUCUCUACAAUAAUAACAAUGUGUUGUAGCCUAAUUAUUAUUUAUUUUACAUAAUGGAGAGGAUGCCAUACCAUACCAUUAUGCUUUACUAUCUA